AUGAUUCUCUAGUCAUUACGAGCAGUUUGUGUUCACAGUAUCCCUACUACAGAUGUCAAAUUUGCACGUGCAUUUUAUGUAAAUGCUUGUUUUACUAGUAUUUAACUCUUAAAGGAAACUUUUAUUAAUAAAAUGGAAGCGAUUGGACAUAAACUAUUUCAACUUGGAGAUCCCGAAGGCAAAGGAUUUAUCAUAAGACGAGAUAUGCAGAAACUUAAAGACGAGCUAUGUAUGUCACCUGAACAGCUUGAAGUUGUUUUUGACACUUUGGAUAUUGAGCAAAAAGGAUAUAUUACAUUAAAUCAAUUUUUAGAAAGAUUCAAAGUUCUAAUUGAAGCUUUCAGCCCAGAAGUUCCAGAAUUAAGUCCACCGGCACAAAAAAAUAAAAACGUGGUUGAUGAUAAAUCAAGUUCUAUUGAACUUAGCAUCGAAACUAAAAAAGAUGACACGUCAACAAUUUCCACUCAAAAUUAUCUAUGGAAAGAAAAUACAGUUACUUUUAAAUUGUCAUUUUCGGAUGAUAUUCCAACAUUACUGCAAAAUAUUAAAGAAAUGAAUAUUUUAAAAUUAAGUUUAGGACAUUUAGAAACUAUCUGUAAUGCUGCUCAGCCAGAAACAGAUAACUCUGUUAUUGUGGGUCGUAUCGAAGUGUUUCUUAGAAACUUACAUAUAGACUUAACUAAGAUUGCCGAAAAACAUCAGGAAUUAGAAGAUCUUUUACAAAGUCGUGAAGUUCAACAUCAAAAUAAUAUACAAAAACUUUUCGAAGAACUUGAAAGUCAUUUUCGCGAAGAACAGGAAAAAACUAAAAUUGAAGAUCAAAAAAAAUUUAAAACUGAAUUAACAGCAUUGGAAAAUGAAAUUUCCGAUAAAGAUGAAAGAUUGCGGGCUACUGUAUUAACACGCCAAGAACUUGCAAGCCAACUAGUAGUAGCUCAAAAACGAGAGCUGGCUUUACUAAAUGAAAACGCGGAAUUAAAUAAAAAACAGAAAUCAUUGGAAAAAGAAUUAGACGCCGAAAAAUUAAAAAAUAACAAGUUGGAAGAGUUACUAGAAAAAACCAAAGUAGAAUCAUCGGUAUCCAAGGAAAAGCAUUUUAAACAAGGAUUCUUCAUCGCGAAAAAUUUAAUUACUUUUAAAGAAGAAGGUCCUGGAGUUAAUCUUUAAUAUGGACUUUAUCAACAACUUCAAAUUUUGAAAGACAUGAAAAACGUGUUGUUAAACUAAAUACUACAGAUUAUUUUGUAUAUUAUAUAACGUCUAUUUUAUAAUAAAAAAUGUAUAUUAUUUAAAAAUAUAAUUGAAUAAUUUUAAUUGUUA